CGGUACUCCGGCCGGACGACAACUUGACAACAUUGUAUAGUGACAGAAAUAGAAAAAAGUGAAAGCAGUUUGUUUAUCAUUGUUGUUAAUUUUGUCAUGUUUUAGAUUAAGAUAAGUGAGCUAAUAUUCUUAUUAUAUAAAAAUGGAAUGGGAUAGAAAUGUAACAGCUCUACUACCAAAAGACGCAAGAUGGCAAGAUUUGAUACCACAGUUAAAGUGUCCUCAAUGUCAAAUGUACCAAGGCUCCAGCAUAUCAAACUUAGAACGACAUGUUAUAUUGCACUGUAAAUGCAGGCCAACUUUGAUGAAAAAUCACUACAUUAAAAAACUUAAACAUUUAUGUGCACGGGUUCAUUCUGCAGAGGAAGAUGUAUUGGACUACGUGAGAUUGGCCUUAGAAGCAAAAUUGCUGCAGUGGAGAAAAGAGGGAAUGCCUGAAAUACCUCUUCUCUUAAGGCAAAAUGACAUUCAGUCUGCACAGAAAAAAGUAUCCAAAAAUCAUUCAAAACUGUUAGAUCUUUGGAGAUUGUGGCACCAAGAAGUGGACAGUGUUAGUCUGGAAUUCAACACCUCUGAGCUGCUUCAACUUAUGACAGAAGCUGAAGGUUUGGAAUGGGAACCUUGUGAUGACAUCCUUCCUCCUCUUAGACAGGGAGAUGAUCAUCAGUUUAAUCUCGAGCUCAUGUCAGAAGUUACAGGCAAAUUGAAGCAAAUGCAGUCUUUAUCACCUGAAGAAAUGAACAUUGAAGACGAGAAUAUUGAGAGAUUAGAAAAAGAAGCCAGGAUAAAUGACGGGUGGCCUACCCGUCUUUCCAUUUAAGAUUUAAUACUUACUUAAUACUUAUACAUGAAUUCAUUGUUCUUAACAAAUGCAGUGGUCCAUUUCUGUAUCUGUAAAUUCUUUUCAAUUUGUUAAUCAGUGGAUACAAUGAAUUUUUCUUUCA